AUGCAACAGUGCAAUCCCGUCAAUACUCCAAUGGAGAAGGACUGUCUCCUACCGGCGCGAUCUGUGAAUCCUGUGUCGCAUCCGUACCGUGAGUUGCUGGGCAGCCUUAUGUACACAAUGUUGUGUGUCCGACCCGACAUAUGCUAUGCGGUUGGAUACCUGGGGCGCUUCCAAAAUCAACCUGGUGAAACUCACUGGCAAGCGCUGAAGAGAGUAGUUCGGUACAUGAAGGGUACGAAGAACCUCAAACUUCAGUACAAGCAGCACAACGACGCUGAGGCACUAGUCGGAUACGCAGACGCCGACUGGGCGUCGGACACUGAAGAUAGAAAAUCUGUUAGCGGCUACAUUUUCAAGGUUUAUGGUAACACCGUGUCCUGGGCUAGCCGCAAGCAACAAUCGUCGUGCGAAGCAGAGUAUGCAGCCUUGAGUGCCGCGGCUUUCGAAGGGCUGUGGCUGCACGGAAUCCUCCAGGACCUCAAACAAGUCCAACCGAAUAUGGCGUUCAAAAUUUUUGAAGACAACCGUGUAUGCAUUUUGAUGGCCGCCAAUACAGAGAACAAGCGUGUUAAGCACAUUGAUGUGAAGCACCACUUUCUUCGCGACCAUGUAGCACAAGGACGACUUACAAUUGAUGCAAUUGAUUUGCAUCAAGAAUUGCAUGUUGUAACAAACAAACGUAACAAGUCUCCAAAAGUAACGGAAUUACGAACUUAG